AUGUGUAAUAUACGAUUCAUUCUUUUGGCAAUAUUCAUCCCAUGGACUUUAUCGGUUUUUGUUGCCUUUAUAUUUAAGCUUGUGUCAAAUCAGGAUGACAAUCUGACUGCUCUGAUUGGUUUCACCGACGAUGCAGCUUCAGCUAUUUUCUAUCUUAAUUACACGACGAACGUUGAAGUCAAUGGUUCGAUGGAUGUUACUGACUCGACAAAUCUGGCAGAAGAGAUCGCCAAAAAAUAUAGCAUAUCUCACAAUAUGCUACGGGUUUUAUCAGCAAGAUUUGUUCAAACUCUAGUUUUAACUCGACGAAAGCGACAAAUUACAUCGUCCUACAAUAUCACUAACAGUAAAAGUCCAGCAGUCUUUUUAAUUAUACUUGAAGUGGUAUAUCCAUCUACAUGUAAAACGGACAAGCCAUGCAAAGAUCAUUUCAGCACUCUUGUCUAUAAAACGAUUCAAUCGACUUCGCAGCAGUUUACUUAUCACCUAACAUUCAACAAUCAGACAGAAUUGAAUGUUGAAGUACUUUCCUUAACCAUAAAUAUGGUUAGAAAUGCAACGAGCACGAUAGUCACAACAUCAUCAACGACCACGACAACAACAACAAUGACGGCAGCGACCACCACAACAACCAUCUCGACGACAUCAACUACUACAACAACGACCACGACGAUGACAACAACCUCAACAAUAACAACGACGACGACAACGACAACCACCACCACUACGACGCCGACGACGACGACAGCAACAAUCACGACACCGACAACAACCUCAACAACUUCAACGACAACAACCACUACCACUACGACGACGACGACGACAGCAACAAUCACGACACCGAUAACAACCUCAACAAUAACAACGACGACAACAACAACCACCACCACCGCUACUACGACACCGACAACAGCCUCAACAAUAACAACGACGACAACAACAACCACCACCACCGCUACUACGACACCGACAACAACCUCAACAAUAACAACGACGACAACAACAACCACCACCACCGCUACUACGACACCGACGACAACAACAACCACCACCACCGCUACUACGACACCGACGACAACAACAACCACCACCACCGCUACUACGACACCGACAACAACCUCAACAACUUCAACGACAACAACCACUACCACUACGACACCGACAACAGCCACUACCACUACGACGACGACGACGACAGCAACAAUCACGACACCGAUAACAACCUCAACAAUAACAACGACGACAUCAACCACCACAACAACGCCCACGACGACGACAACAACUUCAACGACAACAAACACUACCCCUACGACGCCGACAACAAGCACAACAAUAACAACUAUUACUACAACGACGUCUUCCACUACUACAGCCGUAACUAUAUGUUCGAACCUGUUCAUUAGCCAAAAAACAUAUGCAGUCGGGAAUGGUCCAAUGACAAUAGCAGUUACCGAUGUAAAUAACGACCAUUUUGCCGACAUUAUCGCAUCAAAUUUUGAUUCCAAUACUGUCAGUGUUCUUUUUAAUCUACACAAUGGAACAUUUCAAAAUCAAACAACAUUUGCAGUUAUUACCAAUCCAAAUGGAGUAUCAGUAGCUGACUUAAAUAAUGACAAUUAUCCUGAGAUAGUUACUUCAAAUUCGAAUUCAGCUGAUGUUGCUGUUCUUUUCAAUACUGGUAAUGGAACAUUUGUAAAUCGGACGACUUAUUCAGCUGGUGGCUAUCCGUGGUCAGUCAAAUUGGCAGAUAUAAACAAUGAUAAUAUGCUAGACAUUAUUGUUCCAAGUACAAGCUUAAAUUCUGUUGGUGUUUUGUUCAAUGCAGGAGAUGGUACUUUUCUUGCCCGAACGAAUUAUGCUGUUGGUACUACUCCAUAUUCAAUAUCAGUUGCAGAUGUUAAUAAUGACAAUAAAAAGGAUAUUGUUGCUGCAAACUAUGGUUCUAAUACUGUUUCUGUUCUUCUUAAUGCUGGGAACGGUACGUUCUUUACUCAACAAGUUUAUGGAGUCGGUUCUGCACCACGUCGGGUAGCCUUGGGAGAUUUAAAUGGUGAUAAUCAUACAGAUAUUGUUACUACCAGUUUAAGCGGAGCUAGUGUGAGUGUUCUUCUUAAUGCUGGUAAUGGCACGUUUCUCACUUAUGUCACUUAUGCAGUUGGUUCGAAUCCAUGGGGAGUAGCUAUAGGUGACGUUACGAAUGAUAAUAAACCUGAUAUUAUUACUGCAAAUCAAGGCAGUAACAGUGUUAGUAUUCUUCGUAAUGUUGGAAAUGGUACGUUUGUAAAUCAAAUUGUUUGCACAGUUGGUUCUGGUCCAUGGACAGUGGAAGUUGCAUAUGUUAAUAAUGACAACCAACUUGAUAUUGUUGUUGUCAACAAAGGUGAUAAUAAUGUUGGCGUUCUACUUCAUGCAUAA